AUGAGUGGAGACAAAUAUACAGAAGCAUCUAGUGCUCAUGAACAUGAAUCAGCACUAUGGCUAGCCGUGCAAAAAAAGCACGAAGGCAUUGUACGGCUACUGCUACAAUAUGGUUCUCCCGAGCUAUACUCUACGCAAAGCACCAAUUUGCUGGUGGAAACAGCUAUCAACUCUAAUCUCUCCGGCAUUGUUCAGGUUCUUCUUGAGCACGUUAAUGGGGGAUAUGUACUGGACAAAUGUGCCGAGUUACAUUUGUUCCAGGCAGCAAAGCUGGGGUUCGCGGAGGUGGUAGAGUUGCUUCUAAAGAAAGGAGUCAACAUCCACUGCAAAAUUGUUGAGAUGUCACAAUUGCACGGUAAACCGGUUUAUGAAUCGACUGGGAGUGAAUGGGGAACGACACCACUGACAGUUGCCGCAAAAAAUGUUAAGAUUCUGUUAGAAAAGGGAGCUAGAUGGGUCUUUAAAGGAGACCGUACCUCUCUGCUGGUUGACGCCGUUCAAAUGGGCCAUGCAAAUAUAGUGAAAAUAUUUUUUUUUUGGAGCAAGGUGCCGAUUGCGAAACUCGGGACCAGGUUGAUGAGUGGUCACUCCUAUUAUUGGCGGCCAGUGCUUGCCAUGAAGAAGUGGUCCGAGUCUUGGUUGGCGCCGGGGCGAACCUCAAUUGCAGAGCACAACGUCGGUCCAUUUCAGCAUCGUGUGGGUAUGAGGGAAUAG